AUGGAACAACCACCAAAUCCCGUUUAUGUCGACCUUUACGGUAACAUUGUAUGGCCCGAAAGCACGUCUCAUUUGAAUACCACUCCGUCUGUUCAUACGCAUGAACACCAACAAAACUCCGCACAACCUUGGGAGAGUAACCAGACGACAAAAGACUGGUUGAAGAAUCACAGUCUUAAGGCACUUGGGUUGACUGUGAAAGAUUUGAUAAAGGCAGGCAAAUUGUCACCCAAUGAAGUGGAAAGGUAUGAAGCUAGAGUUCGAGCUGGUGACCGAAGUGUACUCGCCGACUUGCUCAAACAUUCCCCUACCUCACUGGAAUACGAUAUGGAAACAAUUGAAAAUUUCGAGUGCAGUUUGUACACAGCCAUUUCUGACUACACGCUCAGGAUUAGACAAAUGAUGAAUGGUACACGAAAGGUUUUCGGUCGUGUCGAAGGCCGAAACGUUGGAUUGUUAAUAGAUGCGUCAAAUGUUAAUCUUUCUCAUGGGAGGAGAAGGGAUUUGUACACCCAUCUUUUACAACUACUCAACUCCCAACUUUCUGAGGACCAAAUCGAUAACUUCUAUUUGGCUACCUAUGGGACACGAGUGAAUACCGUUUGGCCAUGUCCAAUGACUUCAAACUGGCGUGUUACGGAAGAUGCAAGACGUUUCUUACAAGAACAGUUAGUACCCUCUGGCUGCUCAAACAUGCUGAGUGGUAUUAAACAUAUGUUUAUGUUCGGUAAACGGCAACUGGACUGUAUUCUACUUAUUUGUGGAAGCAAGCCGGAUCAACCGAGUGAUAUCAUCAUCGAUUACGUCGACCAAAUGUUGUCCUCCUACAAAGCCCCCCGUCUUCAUGUGGUUGCCUACGACUGUGGUUACGACCCCGGGUUGAACCAGUUUCUAGCCCGUUUGGCUCGCGUCCGUCAGACGAAUACUUACCACCGCUAUGCAGCCAACGAUGAAGCAGCGGUUUUCGAAAGCGACGAGUUUGCUCAAUUAAUCGGGGAGAUCAAAGAGGCCCAGGCGAGUGCAGAGCUUGUAGAGGUUAUCAACAUCGUUCGGAAGAUUAGACUAAAGAAGGAGACGCUAAGGAAUUCACAAGCGCUUCCAUUGCAACAGUACCCAGGAUCUCCCGGAGGGUUACCCAUUACAGGUGCUCAUCAUUUGCCUCAACCACUGGAUAUGUCAUUGCUCUAUGGUCCUCUCACCUUAGCAGCGCUCCGCGCAUCCUCAUCCUCAACCAGCGACGGGAUUUGGAAACCAAGUUCAUCACACGACUGGCUCAGCAGACAUGGACUGAAGGCCCGCAAACUAGGACUAUUCCAGGUGCUUGCUCCGAACGCCUACUCACAAGUCAUGGGCUAUAUCGCUUCAAUCGGGCGUUCAGUCACUGCUCAGAUUCACGAGCAAUGCAUGACACAAGUACGUUGGCCAGAUGGAACAGUCAAGAACGUUCAUGUGGACCUGCCUCAGUUGUUUGAAUAUCAGAAGCAACUACGAGAAUUGGUCAGUCUGCUGGAGAAAAGAGUCGCGUGGCUAACAAAAGGAAGCCGAGGAUACUUUGGUACAGUGAUUGAACCCCACGUUGUGAUUGUAAUCGACUUAUCUCAACAGAACUUAAUCUACUUGGUACACAUUCAGUAUUGUCUGCGGCGUGUUCUGGAAGAACAGAUUGCUCAGAAAACUACAUUCAAUCUGAUUUCCAUUGGAUCUACCACACAAGCUUUUCGUACGACAAGGGUACCGGUGUCUGAAGAAAAUUUGCAAUCUGCGUGGGAAUGGGUCAAAAGUUUACGCUGUUAUGGAAGCCGUAACUUGCUUGCAGGUCUGCGAUUUGCACUCGAGAAUGAGGCAGAGAAGGACAUCAAAGAAAGCCCGCAGGGAAUCUACUUGUUUAUCUCAGGCGUUCCGGACCAGGAAGAGGAUGUGAUUACGCCCUACCUGGAACAGAAGCGUUGCACCUUUCCAAAUCUUCGCGUCCACGUCGCCUUCUACAACGGAGAGGAUUGUGAUAGUGAGCAGGUUCAGGAAAUUCCAAGUCGCUACGCGAGUGUAACUAAAACCGCAUCAGUCCUACGGUCCAAUACCCCGAAAUCAGACUCUGAAAUUUUGACACUUAGGGAGAAACCAGCUAAAUCCACUGGUCCGCUUAUCCCAAGAAUGAAUCUGCUCACGACGCGUCGCCAACUUACAGCCAUGGACGCGCAACAGCAUGUCACCGCAAGAUCCUCAUCAAAAAAGCUUGCUUUGGAACAGGCAAUUGCAACCACACGUGGGAAUUCGGAUCCACUAAAUCCUGUUGGAUCAAUCCGGGCCGCACAUAAGCGUAUCGUUUCCGGAAAGCGGCCAAAUAGUACGCCUGGAAAGCAUUGUGCAUUUUCUGGUCGAUGUACUGUCCCAAAAGAAGAAGAAAUUGUCACCAGUCGGGAUUGGUUAAGAAACUACAGUCUCCGAAGUCUCAAUCUGAACUUGAACAAGUUGGUUUCGAAUACAGCGUGUCGCCACUCGAUAAACUACAACAAUCCCACAAGAACUCUAGUCGAAGCCAAAUACUGCAACGGCUUGUUUCCUUUGGUGAACAUAUCCGGAACUCUGCGACAUCUCCAGUAUACAUGGGCUGAACUAGAGGUUUUCAAACACGAACUAUUGAAGCUGAUCAGACGGUAUUAUGAUCGGCUAAGUUGGCUAAUUUCCGGGUCCAGACGAUUCUUUGGUGUAAUCGUUGAGCAGUGCGUCGUGAUACUAGUUGACCUGUCGGGUUCCAUGCUGCCACAUUUGGAGGAACUCAAGUCCGAACUCAAACGUCUCAUUUGGGAACAAUUAUUUAAAAACCAGGUGGUUUUCAACCUCAUUGCUUUCAACUCUGACCUGAUAGAAUGGCAGCAAGCUGGUCCUGUGCUUGCAGACGAAACGGCUUGUCAUGAUGCCAUUGCUUGGAUCGAUCAGCUGGUCGCCGAAGGCGGUACCUCGACAGAAACGGCAAUUUGUAGAGCGUUCAGUCAUCUGAAAGCAGUUGAUCCAUAUACUGGGUUAAUUCCAGGGCAACGUCGUCCAGUAUGGAUGAAAAACAAAUUGGAUGAUCGGCAAAAGCCUUCUACAGACGAUAAUCCAGUUUGUGUAUCCAAGGGCAUCUACGUGAUCACGGAUGGGAAACCGGAUAAUAGCUGUGCGUCUGUCCUUAAAGCUGUUUCCCAAUUGUGGGAUUUGAAUCCGACAGUUGUGCAAAAGCAAUCGGACCGGAGCAAACGGCCAAAAUCAAAAUCACACAGAAGGAGCAAACUGCGUAACACACAAGAAAACGAGGGACCACCUAUUCACACCAUUUCCUUUCCCUUAAAUGGAGAAGCAAUGAAUUUUCUGAAGCGACUAUCACAGUUGACCAGCGGACGACAGCAUAUCAUCCCAACCGAAGCAAACUGUUCUCGCGUUCUCUGCUUACUUGAGGAACAAUACUCCAGACUGUGUGAAGAAAAGGUGAAUAGUGAUUUCCUGGGAUCCACUGUAUCCUAUCCUGAGUUGCGUGGUGAUGACCUUAGGCUCAUUUUGAAAGAAAUAUCAGCUGCACAUCGUGAUGUCUACAAACUUGAAUAUUUUCAAAAUGUCUACAAAGAAACGAAGUCUGCCACCAAGACUGAGGAGUGA